CUACACGCUUUCUUUAUGGACCUGCACGGUCAAAGGUAGAAGCAAAAAUUGCGUUGUACAAGACUGUGGAUGGGCAACAAGAUACCAAAAUCCUGGACAGAUGUAUAAUGGCUUACUUAUGAAUCUAGAAUUGCAUGUGUCUUCCUGGUACACAUCUUCUAAAUUAUGGCCACAACGAUCUUCAGAGAAAUGUGGUUGCCGAAAAAUGAAACCUGCGAAAGUUCAAUUGACUUGCAACGCUUUCUACAUUAUUCACUUGUUCCAUCAGUUGCCAUCAUUAUAGUACUAUCGUGCCUUGAGAAAAGAUCUAGGGAAAGGCCGAUUGAUGAAAAAUGGCCCUUUCUCAGGAGGCGGUGUGGGAUUUUGAUCCCCUUGGAUUUUGUAGAGGCCUUUGCCAAUCGCUGGUCGCUGGCUUUUGCCUUCGGAGCUACGGCCAGCAAAGUCAUGAUCCUGUUCUCAGGAGGCUGCCUCCCUCUGCAAGUGCCCCGGUGGGCUCAAGUUCCCGUGAUUCUAGUCUGUUCCAUGGAAGUUGGACUUUCCUCCUACCCAUUCUUCAUCUGCCUGUCGACACUUUCCCAGAUCACAGGAGCCCUGCUUGGAUUCCUUUAUACAGGGUCUUGGUUUAUAGUCAUAGUGUUGAACAUUGCGCAGUGCCCACAUGGACAAGUUGUGGGGAAAUACGAAAAAAUCCUUUUUUACUGGCCCUCCUUGCUCUGCCUGGUUUUCCUGUUGAGCAGAUUUAGCCAUAUAUUGAUGAAAACGUUAUGGGUCCGUCUCCGGCAGGAUCUUCCAAGUGAGGAGACCUCUUUCCUGAAGAUUCAUCAGGCCCAGUAUGUCCAGCAACUGAUGAGGAAGCCCCCAAGGCUGCCUCUGCAAAAAUCCUGGAUUCAGCGGAAGGUGUAUGAAUGGGACCCUGACUUUCGCUUCCCUAGCAGAAUGAUCUGCAUGGCUGUGCUUGCCCUCAUCUGCCUGUACCUGUUUGUUAUGAUCGAGGUGUAUGUUGGGAAACUUGUGUUACUUACACUGAACAUUCUGGAGGAGAACUUUGAGACGCUGAUAGCUGCUCAAAAUACUUCGGAAGUACUUGCAUCAUCGGUCCAGCGUUUGAAAGAGUUUAUUGAUGUCACAGAAGAUGUUUGGAUUUUCACCACCUUCACUGCUUGCCUCACCAGUGUCAGUUAUGUAGUCCACAUCUUGGCCUGCUACAGAAAACACAUGAAGCGUCUGUGGGCAGGGAAGAAGCAGUUCCUUCCGUUGGCUACUUGCAAACUUUCUCACAGUGUGGCAGCAAUAGCAAGAUACUCGGGCUGGCAAAUUGCAUACCUUGUAUGGGGUUACCUGAUUGUCCACAUUGUGCAGUGCCUCUUUGGAGUGAUGCUGAUGUACAUUCUUGUUUUGCCCAUAAAACACGGCCAAGCGAUAGAAGCAGUGAAAAGUUUGGGCCCUGGGAUCCUCACAGUUGCCAUCGUCGUGGGCCUCAUGGUACUGCAGACUGUAACAGCUACUAGGUUCUUUCUUCAGCCGAAAAUUUCACCGGACGACAAGGAAAAACCGUUGGCUCUUGACAACAGGAAAGCGUUCCACAAUUUCAACUACUUCUUUUUCUUCUACAACGUGUUGCUAGGCCUGAGUGCCUGCCUGUACAGGCUGUUGUGCAGUGUGGUUGUGGGAGCCUGGCUGAUUGCUCGCAUAGACAGGACGAUAAUGCCCAAAGGGUAUGAAGCUGCCGACAUGGGGUUCAGGACCUGGAUCGGAAUGCUUCUGAUGGAUCACUAUCAUACCAAUCCCACCCUUGUCUGCUUCUGCCACAUCCUUGUGGUGCAACUCAGAAUACAACUUCAGCCGAGAACCACAAGUUACCACUGCUUCAGUAAUGGCUCAGAUUUUAGGGUGUCAAAGAAAGCCAGGACAAGAUGGCUGCUUUUGUACACACUCCUCAAUAAUCCCUCCCUCUCCGCUCUCAGGAAACCGAAAUGAUGGACGUAUCCUCUGGAUGUUAUUUUGGUGUAUGGGAAUCAGAACAAGAUUCCCCAAGACCACAUUGCUGUGUCCUUAGGAGCACAUGAAACUACCAUACACCACCUCAGACCAUUGCUCUUUAAAGGCUUAGAAUGGACCCACAGCAGCUUCUCAAAAUCUCAGGCAGAGAACUUUCGCAGUCCAGACACCGGGUAUUGAACCCGGGUCUAUUUGCAUGCAGAGUUAAUGUGCUCCCACUGAACUUCCUCUGGCUCCCAGCCCUCAACGAGCUGCUAUAACGACUGUUACGGGGUGUGUGUGUGGAGUAUGUGAUGAAUGGGUCCAAGUAAUACCGGCAGCCGAUUGCUUGCAGUUACAUUCCUGCUGUAGUACUUUGCUGCUAUUUUGUAAACAGUUCUGGGACGUGCCAGAAGCUGGGAUGGCUCAACUUCAUCUGACUGCAGAAACCUUUGAAAUGUUCAAAGCCAGGGCUUUUUUUCUGGGAAAAGAGGUGGUGGAACUCAGUGGGUUGCCUUU